AUGGCUGAAAGACACGAACCGAGAAAGAGGGGAAGACCCCCGUUGUUGAAGGAAUACGCAGAUCCCAUGAAAAGCCCCAUGGCUUUUUCAUCCAUGCAGGUUCAGAAAGCCGGAGCAGGGAAGAAGUUCACCAAGCCUUGGAUGAAAGUCUCGCUGCCGGGCAGUUCUCCAUCGCCCAAGAAAAGACGAACCAGCAGUGUCAACGGUGUGUCUCCACUGUCCUCUUCCCCCAUAGGGCCAAAAAGAAGUCGUCAGCGCAGCGUGGCUCUUGCUACACCUGUGAAACAGCAGCACCAACAACGGCCAUUGCCGUCAUCGUCUCCACUAACUCCUACAGAUAGUGUUUUUUCGUCCGAACCCAGGAGGCCGGCGCGAAGCUCACCGAUAGAACCGAUAGGACAUCUCUCAGAAACCCCGCCUCGCUCCGCGAAAAAACCGGGGUCGAUGUUUACCCCAGGGUUUGCUAAGAAACAUUUCAAGUUCUCCCUGUGCAUCGACGACGACGGAAAGGCCAAAAUUGCUGGGUCGUCGACUGCCAGUACGCAGACUUCAGAAGUACCGCCCGUCAACGGCCAGAAGCCUCCUUUGAACGGGUUCGAUAAAUCCGUAGUGUUGGGACUUCUCAAGAAAAUGAAAAGCAACCGCAGGGAUCUUGGCACCGCAAACAAGACAUCGGUAAUUCGUCCAAGUGAAGUUUUUAGCGAUUUUCAGCCCAUGUCGCCCAAGCAGUCCUCGAUCACACAACCGUCUCUUCCGUGGACUCCUAAUUGUACUUCUGUGUUUCAACUGAAAACCGGUUUCACCCCCAAUAAUGCCAUCGAUGAAGUUUUGGACACCAAGCAACCAGAGUCUCACAGUAGUCGGAUUUCUCGCUCUCCCUCAAAUGCUGCGGUCUUCAAAUUUUCGUCGGGAGACCCUUUGUUGAUGACUGACGAUCCUAAUACCGAGUUUUAUGGUAGUCACAACCACCAUGCCUUGACAGCCGAACAUUUCUUUCAGCAAUUGUUAUCUUCUCCCCGGAAGCCGUUGACAUAUUUUAAUUCUCCUCCUUCGCUACUUAGUACAGGGUCUUUCAAAACCAUAGCUUCCAAAGACAACCAUAAUCGUGCACCUGAAAACCAUUCUUCAGGUGAAGCUUCCAGAAGCACGCGUGGUAAGAACAAUCUUCCGACGACCCCAAUUCCAGAAUAUUCUAAUGAGUUUUCAGUGUCCGCGCAGUGUACACCCUUAAUACAACAAACUAUGUCAGGUUCCUUAUGCAAGCUUAUGAGUGAUUCCAUGAACAAUAGCGUUCCGCAUACUGCGCAGGCACCCAAGGUGCUGGAACACGAUGAUGCAAGACUAGCUUUAAGAAAGUUGAUUGGCGGGUCCAAUUAA